GCUACCAAAAUAGAACAACAAGCUACAUAUAUCCUACAUGCUGUAUAAUGGAUUAAUGGUCUAAUAUGAGUGCACCAUAAGUUAAAUAUUUCCAGCUAAUAUAGCUACGUACUUUUCUAUCAUCACCUCUCUUAUGAAGUUUAAAUUUCCACAGUUCCAUAAUACACUUCAUCAACUAUAUUCUUUAUUGUUAACUUUUAGACUAGAGUAAAAGAAUCAUUAACAUAUUUAACCAUGUAAGUAAUUAUAAAUACACUAGUAGUUUUCCCAUAUGAUUAGAAGAGUAAUUACCUAGGACUUCACUAAUCACUCCUUUGUUUGCUUGAAGAAAAAAGAGAGAAAAAUAAUGGGUCAUCAUUGCUGCAGCAAACAAAAAGUUAAGAGAGGUUUAUGGUCUCCUGAAGAAGAUGAAAAACUUGUUAGUCACAUUACUAUUCAUGGUCAUAGUUCUUGGAGCUCUGUUCCUAAAUUAGCAGGACUCCAAAGGUGUGGAAAGAGCUGUAGAUUAAGGUGGAUAAACUACUUGAGGCCAGAUUUGAAGAGGGGCUCAUUUACUGAAGAAGAAGAAAGAAGCAUAAUUGAAGUGCAUAGAAUUCUAGGCAAUAGAUGGGCUCAAAUAGCCAAACAUCUCCCAGGUAGAACAGACAAUGAAGUGAAGAAUUUUUGGAAUUCUUGCAUCAAAAAAAAGCUCCUUGCUCAAGGCUUAGAUCCAAACACUCAUAAUCUUCUCCCUUCUAACAAAAAAAAGUCCAAAACUAGUAGUAAUAAAGCUACAAAAUUUCCUAAUUAUCAUCAUCCAAUUUCAUCAAAUUCUACCACAUUAGUUUUCUCUAAUGAUCAUGAUCAACUUCAAACUUGCUAUUCUCCAAAUGAUAAAACAGUGUUGCAAAAUACAAUCAACUUUGAUUGUAACUCCAAUGUGACACAAGUUUAUGAUAAUAAUGCACCAAUUACAGAAUUGUCCACCCAAUUCUUAGCACCAUCAAGUAGUAUGAACAUAUCUAAUUCUUUCUCCAGUGAUGUUAAUCUAUGUGAGUAUGUUGUCGAUGAAGAUUCGAUUUGGAGCACUACAACAACAAGCUUAGAGAACUUUGAACAACCAACAGAAAUAACCCAAGUUAUGGUGCAACAAGAUACAAUUGGUAGUGACCAAGAUUUGGAUACUUCUUUGUUUAACAUGCUAAGUCUCAAUUAUGGCUUUGAGGAUCAUGACUUCCCUAGUAACAUCGUACCGAGCACCGGAGUGUAUGAUGAUAUGGCUUCCGGCAUGGAUCAAGUUGCAUGGUGUAACAAAUCUAUUACUUCUCCAUCUCUAAAUAACAUGUCAUAUUUGAUUUAAAGUCACUUUUAAUCCUAAUUAUAAAAUUUAUCAUAGUAGUUCUACAUUA